GAGAGGCGCAGCGGGGCGGUCUCCUGGCAGGUCUAUGGAGCGUAUGCAAAGGCUUGUGGUGGCGUCCCAGCCGUGGGCGCAUUCCUCGGUGCGGUCGCCAUUUCCGAGGGUUCGCGGAAUUUCUCGGAUGCGUGGUUGGCGCACUGGAGCGGGACCGGUGGCAGCUCCAGCGGUUUGGGGAUUUACGCUCUCGCGGCGGUCAUUUGCUUGGUCACAGGCAUUACCUACUCCACAUGUCGCGUUUUCGUCGGCCAGCGUGGGUCGCGAGUGUUGCAUGAGCGGUGCUUGCACGCGCUGCUGAGAGCUCACAUGUCCUUCUUUGACCUGACGCCGAAUGGCCAGAUUCUGAACCGUCUGGCCGAGGACACCAACAUCUUGGAUUACAAUCUGCCGCAGACGAUGUCGGCGAAUUUCAUCUGGUUCUGGCGAGCAGCCUCAAUCGUCGUGGUCUGCAUGCUCGUGGGAUGGUACUUGAUCAUCCUGAUGGUACCCAUGUUUGUGCUUUAUGCGCGCCUUGCGAAGAGGUAUCUGCCAGCCACGCGUGACCUGCGUCGACUGGAUGCGGCAGCCAGGAGCCCCAUCUUCAGCCACUUCUCUGAGUCCAUGCAGGGCGUGUCCACCAUCCGUGCCAUGCAGCAGCAGGAAAGGGCGCUGCACACGAACAUGACCAGGCUGGAAAGCCAGAUGGAAGCUUACUACCUCAGCAACACAGCAGCUCGAUGGUUGAGCCUGCGGCUCCAAUUCAAUGGCACCAUCCUGGUGGGAGCUGUGAGCAUCCUGGGCAUCUUCCUUUCGACGAACAAGCAGGUGUCUGCAGGUCUCGUGGGUUUGGCCAUCACUUAUGCGCUUCGCCUGACGGACACCUUGAACCAGGUGAACCGCGAAUCUGCAGACAGGGAGACGCAGAUGGUUUCUGUGGAGCGGGUGCAAAAUUAUGUGACCAGCGUGAAACAGGAGGCGCCGCUAAGGAUCGCGCAUCCAAGCAUGGGCACGAACUGGCCGAGUAGUGGCAACAUUCAGGUGGACAGGGUUGUGAUGCGAUACCGUGACGGUUUGCCGGUCGUCCUGAACGGAAUUUGCCUCGAGAUCAAGGCUGGAGAAAGAGUUGGAAUCGUGGGACGUACAGGCUGCGGCAAGUCCUCCUUCCUGUCGACGCUGCUUCGACUCGUCGAACUGGAGUCCGGCUCCAUCACGGUGGAUGAUGUUGACAUCAGCCAAAUCGGUCUUCACGACCUCCGAAGCAAGGUUGCCAUGAUACCUCAGGAUCCGGCCAUCCUAACGGGAAGUGUCCGAUUCAACUUGGACCCUUUCGGCGCCAAGUCUGAGGAGGAGCUCUGGCAGGUGUUGGAGAAAAGCCAGUUGAAGCCGAGAAUCGAGAGCGCCGGAGGUCUGGACAGCAAGGUGGAAGAGGGCGGCGGCAACUAUUCGGUUGGGGAGCUGCAGCUGCUGUGCUUGGCCCGCGCGCUGCUACGACGACAGGAGACGGGCGGACUUCUGCUUCUCGACGAGGCCACAAGCGCGCUGGACCAGGAGACUGACCAGACGAUUCAGAAGGUCAUCAGGUCUGAUUUCAAUUGCACCAUCAUCACGAUCGCACACCGGAUCCAAACCUUGAUGGACUACGACAAGGUGGCCGUUUUCGAAGGUGGCAAGGUUGUGGAAUUCGAUUCGCCACAGGACUGUCAAACUGUAGCCAGACCACAGUGA